CCCAGGUCGUUAGUGUAAUACUAGGACCCCCGCUAAUUCGUAACAUAGUCGCGAACCAACGUUACGCAUUUUUUAGAGUUUUGGCAUAGUUAGCACACCCAUACACACACACACACACACACACACACACACACACACAAAAACAAGCACGCGCACACAGGGACACGGUAUGGCUUUAGCGUUUUGCUUUGUUUGGUUCAUUCAAUUUUGUGACUUUUUCGCUGAUUUGUAGAAUAGGACCGCUGUGGUUGAUGCCAUUGAAAAUGUAUCGUCUUUGUAAAUAACAGAACCAACCGGGAAGAAGGACGCAAACACCACCGGCAAGGGUUGUACGCACACACACACACAGGCACGCGCACACAGGGACACGGUAUAGCUAUUCCUUUUUUUUGUUUGAUUUAUUUGAUGCGGUUGCGGUGAUUUUUCAGGUGAUUUGCAGAGUUAGGCUGUGUUUGGUUGAUGUUGGAUUUUCGCGUAGUAGUUGGCUGGUAUUGUAAAUGUAUCCUUUUUCGUAAAUAACAGAACCGACCGGGAAAAUGGACGCAGACACCACCGGCGAGAGUUGCGCUCACACAAACACAAGCACGCGCACACAGGGACGCGGUAUACUUAUAGUCUUUUGCUUUGUUUGGUUCAUUCGGUUGCGCUGAUUGUUGAGGUGAUUCGGAGAGUUAAGGCGUGUCGGUCGAUUUUGGAUUUUUUAAAGUACUAGUUGUGUCCGAUUGUAAGCGUUUUCCUUAUUGUAAAUAACAGAACCGAGAACCGGGAAAAUGGACGCAAGCAAUACCGACAAGAGUUGCAAGGAGCAACUUCGUAGGAAAGGCGAUCUUUUCUGGGUCUAGCAAUUAGCUUGAGGCUAAGUCUUUGCAGUGCGGCGCUAGUUUGCGGAUCGCUUUGCGUAAUGGCAUGAAGCGCAGAAGAAAUUAACUGCGGCUUGCGUUGUAUAUUGAUGAUUUAUCGCCGACAAGAUGCAUGACUAUACAUUUUCUAGCGCGCUUGCAUACAUACAGGAAGCAGGCAUGCAAAACUUGCACGAAGACUUGAGCAAUUUUUAAGACCCAGAAUGUUUAGCGGUAUAGUUUUCGCCAAGCUACCGCCUGAAACUGUUCCAAGUUCGCCCGCGGGAGCGGUCAUGGCGACGCUAAUCAAAACGGAGUUCGGGUAUGCCAUUUUGGAGCGUCACGAUUUUGGGCCGAUGUUGUUCGAUAUUCCACAGAAAAAGACCGACAGGUCAAAUCUGUAAUGCAAAAAUAAAGAGACCGGAAAAAUUGGCAUGGGUGAGGCCAUAGCAUCUUGUUUAGGGCAUGCAGUGCAGAUUUAUUUGUCUAAUUAUUCUUGCAUUACAGAGAUGGCCCGUUGGGUUUUUUCUGGGGGAUACUUGAUGGCGUGGAGUUUGCGGCGUAUUGGGACAGCAAGGAGAUCCGAUUGUCGUGCUCGGUUGCUGAAGACAAAGGGGUCUACGUCCAAGUUGAGGGGACUUCGUCCGGAAAUCGUGGGAAACGUUUAAGCGGCGGGCGUUUUCCCGAUAGCAUGCGUGUUGCUAUAGUGGGCAACUAUGUUGGUGAUUCGUAUGCAAGCUUGCGGGAGUCUGUUGAAAAACUGAGCGAACGUGCGGCGCGAUUGUUUGUGGACGAUGCUUCUCUUUUGGGAAGCGAGCUAAUCUGUCAAACGGGGUACGUAUCGCGUUGAAAAAAACCAUGACUAUCACAAAUGGCAACUUUUCCGCGAAGUUUUCAAAUCCGGAAAGUCGGACACUUUGGGGAAAAAACACUAUCACAGAGCAACGAUUUUCGCUAAAAGGUGGCAAAUUGUGGUAGUGAUAGUCUUUUUCAGCGCGAUAGUACGCAGGAUCUGGGAAAACAUAUGAGCAGAUCAGAUGGAUGACGCAAGCCUGUCCGACAAACAGAGUCAUUUUUUGUGCUCCGUCGAACUCUUUGUGUAACGAAGUGGCGGCCCGGAUUUCUGAAGCCGAUGGAACUUUUCGGGUGUGGCGUGUGGUUGGUCGAAGUGAAGCGCUAGCGCAGGCGCGAGCGGUAUCAAGAGCAAAAGCGCGUGGGUCUGGAAGAUUUUGACACUCGUCAGGCACGUUUUGCAUGAGCUCUGAGGUUUUCGAUGAAUGUUGUAGCAUCACAGACCUUGGGAGAGCUUCUUGAUGCCCAUUCCGCAUGACAAAUGUUCUCUUCGCGUAGGAAAAAUUUUGGUCCUUCUGGUAUUCAUGCAAUACAGAUAUCUUUGCAAUGCAAAUGCAGCAUUACAGAUUGCACUUUUCCAGACUUAGACACUUUUGCAAUUGAUAAGCGGACACGAAGUCUACCACAUACGAAGUUAUGCAAUUGGGCCGGGACGAUCAAGAUGGUGACGCAUCUGAUGACUUCCUUCGGGCGAGCUUUUUCGACUACACCGACACCAAGCAAGCAAUUGAAUGCGUCCCGGAAGUGUUAGAGUAUCCCGGGCCAAAUAAACUUUCCCGCGCUAGAUCUAAGCGAGAGACUUUGCAUCACAAGAGACGAAAUGAAACAGGUCGCCUAUAGUACGCGUCGCAAGUGGUAGAAUGUAAUGUAGUGCAGAUUCGUUGGGCGAGUUGUCUCAGAAGCAAAUCCAUUGGCUAAGUCUGGCGACAGCACUGCAAAGAACUUUGAAACACGACCAGGACUGUUGUCGCUGGCGUUGCCAUUGUAGUGAGAAUGAACCGCGUGACGGUUCUGGUGUGGGAACGUUUUUCCAAAGGAUACGAGGCGUUUGUGGGUGAGCGCCGGGCAGCCGGCUUGGGAUCACAAUGCGACGACGUGUCUAGCGGACGAGUGGUGGCUGCUUGUAUCAAAUGCAAAGGCGUCGGGGUGUGGAAAUAGGUGCGCACUUGUGAAAUUUGUCAUGCGCGGCUUUUCAUGGUUUUCGGUGUUUGUCAUGCGUGCGGUGGCGUUGCAGUGUGUACUGGGCAUGACGCAUAUUGAAAAGCGUUGCAGGGUGAUACGCGUGGCAAAUUUGUGCGAGAUCCAGACGCAGCAGCACAAGUCACAAGUGCUGUCGUUGUUUCCAGACCCCGACGGAUUUUGGCACUUCAUAUUUUUCCGUGCGGGACCAGAUGCGUAUCGUUAGCGUAUGCGUGACGUAAGCAGUGCAAAAGUUUCCGCACGAGUACGAAUAGCAUUACAAAUUCGCAAAACGCUAGAAACUGAAUGCAAGAAUUGGAUUUGCUUUGACAAAAGGAAAAAGGAAGCGGAAGGCAUGAAUGCCAUAAGUACUGGCGCGAUACUUUUUCACAGGAUAUCAGCGGCGAAGACCAGAGACCCAAGCUACGUAUUCGGAGUUACGUUAUCAAGUGCAAAAUGUUGGGAGUGGGCAAGAUGUUGGGACUUGUCCUGUGUGUUUUGUGGUAGUUGCUAUGUUUCUGAUGCAUGCCAUAGCAGUGCGGGUGCCUUGAGGGUUUCGCGAUGUUCAUAACGCAAGGCACAUGCUGAAUCUUCGCGCGGAAGCAGUUGGGUUUGUGUCGCUGCUUAGGCAUAGCUGUUGCAUUUUGGAAUCCAAAAUCAGUAAAGCAAGUCGCAACCGAGUAACUUCUGACAUUUUUACACUUGAAAACCUGCGAACCAGAACAACUACCCGCCGUCGAGAGCAUUUCUGGCGUAAGUGAUCUAUCACUUGCGGUGCGGUUGGAAAAGCUCGGCGCGAGAAAAGGGCCUAUCAACUGCAAAAAUGUCGGGGCCCGGAAGGUUGUGAGUUUUGUCAUGGACGUGGUGAAUGAAGCUUGAGGCGUGCGAUGCAUGGCCUAGCAAGCGCUACAGAUUUGAUGAAGAUCUUUGCAGGCUUCUAUCGGAUAGUAAGCGCCGUACUAAAAAGGCGCGCCUUCGUUCAUGCUCAUGCAGUGCAGAGCUUCGCUAGAAUCGAAGGGCAGUGGCAUAGUUUUAGACUUUUCCAGACCCAGACGCUUUGCAAUUCGAUAAAAUUCAAAGCGGCAGGCUUGAGUCAUUUAGCGACGGAGUUCAGGAACAUCAUGCAGGAAAAACUAAAGGUAGUGCGUCGGUUUGAACAGCAGAACGGUGCAGAGUUGGAAAAGGUUCUGUGGUUUGGCGGCAGAACCAAGCCGAGUUUUAUUUACCAAAGUACCGAAAGCAGACCACCUGGCUACACCGGGCCGAUUGGUUAAGAGUUUGGUAGUUGUCACGGUCUCAGCUGUUGCGUGAAUUUAUGACGCAAUUGACGAAGAAAAUGCAUGGGAACGCUUUGCAUGCUAAAUUUGGCGGCGAUUGUUCUUCUGGGAAUAAAGCUGCUCAAGGGUUAAUUUGUGUGCGAAUGAAUCAACUUGAUGCAGUGGAUUGAUUUUGAAGGCAAUUGCGCAAGACAAAUCACGAAACGGCUGAGCGCGUAACGAUUGAAAAUGGCAUAUGGUUAUGCAGUUAGUGCUCUACACAGAUGCCGACUUUGUUCAAGUUCCGCACUUCUGCAGUAAUCUUAGUACGCGAGGCAGAGGAAAAGUAUCGCGCUCGAUGUAUUAGACAAAAGGCAGCGGAUGGCAACAAACGAGAAGCAUUCUGCAACGUUUUUCAGCUGGUCAAUAGAGUCUAUCUGCAUUGCUUGGCUGCGUUAAUUAUUCCGAGCGCGGUACUUAUUUUGGCACAGGAUAUCCAAGAUGGCCAUAGCAAAUCUGGGAUUGACGAAAUGGGACGAAAAGGACGCAGCGGCUGCCGUAGCGUGCUGGGUAUGAAAGCUUCAAAGUAGAAAUCUUUAGAGUGGAAAUAAUUUGCGAAGCAUGAAAUACAUGGCAAAUAAGAUGGCGCUGCAAAGAACACAAGAAAGAUGGAUUAUAGUGCCGCCAGGGGCUGAGAAAUGAUCUGUGUUAGCAUCUAUAAUAUGACCGGAGUCGCUUGUUUGCGUUGCGAAGCAUUUCCACGCUCAAGAUUUAUAAGUUGAGGCGUUCAUAGUCGACAAAAAAUUACAACAAGUGCGGCGCAACGACUAUACUAGCGCAGCACGCGUAUCAACUGCAGAUUUGUCUGGAUCUGGAAGACAUCACUUGCGUUAUGCUUGUCGAGAGUGUUUCCUAAAUCUGUCAUGCGCAUUACCUCAGCGUUUUUCUGUUCUGUGAUGCAGCAGCGCGGUUUGUCAUGCUUCGCUUUGAAGCAACAGGCAAGCAGAAGCUGAGACUUGUACUGCUUAGCUAGCGCGUGCGGUUUCAUUACGAGACGCCGCGCAGCAUUACAAAUGUCUAAAUCCAGACACGUUCGCACUUGAUAACGCAGGGCAGUUCACAUUAGAAUACGACGCGCAGGCUAGUUGUGUCGAGAAAUACCGAGCAUUUCAAGGACGUACGGGCUUCGGCGGGAUAAUCACGCCCGUGGUGUUAUGAAAGUCACAGGAUCGAAAUCGACAAAGUUGAGACAAGACGCAAGGCGCAGAAUCGACAGGAGUGACCUCGGUGCGUUGUUUUUGCGUGCUUUGCAGAAAGGGCCCUUUGCAUUCAAGUGGCCGCAGUUAUGCAUUAGAGACAGUCGCAACUUUGACGAUUUCAAUUGUGGCUCAUGAAUAAGGUUACGAUGGCGCUUCUUCGUUUUUGGAGAGGAAGAAGUUGUUGACUUUUUGUAGGCCGCGCGCAAUUGUUAUAAUUUCAAGCGUUGCAAUGGAAGCUGUGGCGUAUAAUGCAAAAUAGGAGCUAUGUAGUUAAUUUCUGUAGGAUGGAUUUUGCGCGGCAAGGUGUCGGGUUUGAAUUGCCGCGAUUUCUUUGCGAUUUUGUGUAUUGCGAGAAGUAGGAGGAGAACGCUGCGCAAGUUUGUCACGCUAGUCAUGCCUCAAAGCCACAGCAGUUAGUUCCUUGCAACGCUUGAGAUUGCAACGCUUGCGCAAGCUAUACGCUUCACCCGGUGGCGCGCGGGAUGUGCUAUAGUCGCGUCGUUUGGUAUGGUGUGCAAAAGUAUGGCACUUGUAUAAAUGCAAGCGCUGCACUACGCAGAUUUUUUAUAGGUAAGCGAAGUCUACGGGUGGCGCGUUUGUAUGUUGAAGAAGAAAAACCGCGGCGCAUUUAUACAAGUGCAAUACUUUUGCCAAUUAUACUUAAGCGGUUGGAGCGUUUGGGAGUUUCAGGAAGCGCGAGAUUUCCACGCACGGAAUGGGUUCGAUUUCUCCGCUAUCAAUUGCAAAAAGGUCGAGGUCUGGGAACUUGUGAGGUUAGUACCGCGAAAAAGUUGGGCUCUGUUUGCUGGGUAUCGUGCUGGACAAAUUUAACUUGCAUGCUAGAGAAGCACGACAGGCAUGCAUAGUGCCAGACGUCGACACUUUUACACUUGAUAUCUUCGAAGCGCGUUGGACCUGCCUGUCGGGUGGCAGUUUAGUACAAACCGACGUCGACGCGCUGCGUUCGCGGCUACUGACUUCAAGCAAGUAGCGGGAGAGUUGUUGUCUGGAAUCGUAAACACUUAAAAAAAGCACUAACAUACACGCACUGUGAGUGGUUUGCUGAAUUUUUCUCGUAAGCAGCGUUACGGAUGUUGUUAUUUAUGUUCUACCGAACAGACUCGGUAGCGUUGAAGCUGCUGGGUAACUGUAGAGAAAAGAUAUCUACGAUCGUGCAAAAUGGGCAAAAGAUUUCUAGCUCUAUAAACAACGUCGGGCGGACGUUGUGCGUUUUCUAAAUUUGAUGAAACUAUACUACGCAGACGCAGUCUAUAAGAGUUGCAAACUUGUUGAAUGUGUUGACUCAUAAGAAGCACGGCGCGUUUCGCAUUGGGCGACAAUUAAACAGGCGAAGGAUGCAGGUUCUGGGUGUUCGUAUGUAGUUGCUCCGCGUAGUGGUUUCAUUUAGGAUGAUCGUGCGCGCGAAAUUAAAGCGCUCGAGAUUUUCGCCGUAGUCUUUAGAGCUCUUAUGCUGGUCAGCGCGCAAAUCAAUGAAAAACAAGCGAUCGACUGAAAUUGAAACACGGCGCAGCCGCGAGCUGUACGCAUAAAAUUUCGGCUGGGUUGAUCAUACAGCGAACGAAUGCGCAACAGAUUAAAGGUCAUUAAAAACGAAUGAGAUUGGAUCAGCGUGGGUCUGCUAAUCUUGUGGGCAUUAGCGCGAUGGCGCGCUGUGUAUGUUCUAACAGAAUGAAUUACAACGAAGAACAGGCAAAUGAUUUCAGUAAGUAAAUUAAUGCAGUAAAGUCGUGGCUAUGGCUAAUGCAAUCCGCCAACGAGUAAAAGGCGCCAGAGUUGGAAAAAGAAGCAUUGGAGUCAGGGUAAAGCACUCGAGCAAGAAAAUGCCGCGACGUAAAUACUUGGUUGCUAGCAAAGUCAUUGACUUCGGGCGCUCUUAAAAUUUACGGCGUUGCUGUUAGAUUUUUGCGAAAUUUUCUGUGAAUAAAUCUGACAGGGUACAUCCGCCGCUAUGUUGUUAGUGUAGCAAUGUUGUAGAUUGUUAGGCUAACUAGCGCAGCAGUUGGAGAAAGCGAGCAACUUCGUGAAUUACAUCGCUGCACAUUACUGCGCAUUUUGUUGAUAGAUUUUAUUGCUGGCGUUCCGUUGUUGGCAAGUUUAGUCGCAAACUGUUGAGCGUACUUGGUGCCAGCCAAAAAAAUGUCCUCGGAAAAGAAAACCAUCACAGCGCCGCACAAAGAUUGCGCGUGCGAGCAAGAUAGUAACUGUGUGCAAAUUUGCCGCGCGCGGUAUGUGUUUCUGCGUGAAAUAUGAGAAAUACCACAAGACACGCCUCAGCCGUUGGAGCUCUUUAGCAGUGUCAUGCAUGAGCGUAACCAAUGACAGACCAAACGAAGAGCGAUGGCGUUUGACGCAAGUUCGUGCAUUUACUUGGAGUAGUGUGGGUUGUUGUGCAAAAUACUGCAACGGUUGAGCGCGUAGCAUUUGCGAAGUGGAUAAAGUACGUACUUCAUGUUUCAGGACAUGACUGGACUGAAGGAAGAGGAAAUCGCGGAAAUCAUCGCAAAACGGUUAAACGAAGCACCGGCCGGAAUGUCUAGCGAUUCGAAAAAAGGGUCGAAACACGAAAAAGCGAAAAAAUCGCCGGGGAUUUCGUCGCUAACGACCCCGAGGCGUCUGCGUUAUUUUCCCCCGAACCAGACUACCCCGGUGGAAGUGUCGUCCAGUGACGAAAGUGAACAAGCAACGAGCUCGAAAGCGACGCCGUUGUUUAAGAAAAUUAAGAAAGAGAGCGGCUCAGACGGUGACGAUGACGACGAUGAUGGCCGUGGUCCGUUUUUUCGUAAGUUGGGACAGACGUCCUAGACUCGGCAGCUGUUAGUUUGCGAACGUCCGGCAGACAACAAAAUCGACGCAGUUUGAAAAACACGCCCCGACUGCAGAACGUUUCAAGUCAGCCGCUUUUGCUUCUUUUGCAAAAAUGCGCAACGAGAUGCAACGAGUUGCAGCCGUGUGGUUUCUGUGUGUUUGCCGUUAACCAUAUCAAUACUACGAAAAUAGAACACGCCUCAGGGUGCAGAUGUUUAGCGCUUUUAGAAGAGUAGACGACUUCGCAUUGCACAGUGAGCGCGUCAGCGUAUGGAAACACAAGCAGGAACAGUAUUAACGAAGUUGGUUGCUGAAUUUUUAAAAAAAAAAAGCGAACGGAUGACGCUAGUCGUUUGCGUUUGUCAAGAUGAACGAGAACGAUUGCGCGACUAGUGUUCUCCUUAAUGGAAUCAAAAAGGACGCAAAUAGUCGCAAACAAGACCGAAAACGAACAGCAGCAGCGAAGAUGCAUGGAAGCAGAGAGAGACUAAAUCAGUUCCAUCGAUCUGAAGUGACAAAACAAACGCAACACGCGAAAAAAUUCAAAAGUUCAGGAAAUGUCGACUGUAGUGUGUGCACGCUUAUGCCGGAGAUCAUUGCGAAAAUUAAGUCGCAAAAUGCUCCGAAAAAUGCGCAGCGACGCCUAAGGUGUGAGCUGUACGUAAAUACUUCCGUGCUUAUUACAAUCAGGGACAAGCAGGGCGCGCCGCCUGUUAUUGCGCAGGUUAGUACUCACAUGGCCAACAUUACGUCGGGCACUAUGGUAGAACAACAACAAGACGCGGAAAGUGUGCAAAUUAGUGAUCACGCGAUGAAUCUGAUACGUUCGCGCUUCUGUAUUGAAGCACUCGGAGACUCGAUAGCGAUGCCUGUUUUAGAAUCCAAAGACUACGACUCGUGGAUUUGCUAUGAGGUGCCGCAUGUUCCGCUGGAUGCGUUUAAAAAUUGGCUGCACACUGUCACGGAGAUGCCGACACUAAUUCCAGGAAUCAUGCGGUGCGCAGACUGGUGCGGACGUUUCUCGCCAUAUCCCCAAACUUGUGCACAUUGUAAUGCUUCUGGAUGGUUAACGAUUACCAAGAGCGAGCUUAUUACUUUAGAAACGGUUCUGGAGCUCUACACUCGACCAGAAUGGCCGCCAGCUCUGGACUACUGCCGCGUGAGUACGCACGCGGAAAAGAUGCUGGACAGUCGUGAACCAGAGUCGGGCUAUGUUGUCCCUUGCGCACACAUUUAGAAUGAACAAAGAGCGGACGCGUAUUGGGUGUACGUUAUGCGAAACAGCGCCAAAAUUUUUGCGGCAUCGACGUACGAGAUGGAUUGGGGUCGUUGGGCUGAACAAGUAUACUUUUUGACGGGGUACCUGAAAGAAUACAAGCGCGACGCAGAUUCGCAGUCUGCCUUUUAUCGGACAUGCGAGCAGGCGGCUACGUGUGGGCUGUAUGGUCGUCCAAUUGCGCCCGGGUCCAACAAAGUUGCCAGAGGGUUGGAACACAAAUUCGAAGUAAGCGAGGACGGUCGCGGCGUCGACUUAUUUCUGGUGAACAAAGGGAUGCAGGCUGGAGUGUGGGUCAAGAAAAAUUUCGAGGCGUACGGGCAUAGCGUUACUGCUGCGAAGUUUAUGUCGAACGCAGCAAGCAGCUGGUCCAUGCCGCGGAUUGCGUGCGGAAAUUGGUGCAACGGGUUUGACGUAGGGCAUUGCGUUUGUGUUUUGGCGAAUUUGCGAAAUGACAAAUACCAGUAAAAUCAUAAAGGCGCGCGGCAGUUGUUUUCGUUCAAUGUGCGCGGACGAACACACCCGGCGCAGGCGCUCUCGUAUUAUUUUCGUGAUGUUUGCCAUGUGAAGACUAUGACCAUUGCAAUGUCGAGGCGGUUAAGUGACCGAGAGCACGACCAACGUCUGUGCUUUUCGCUCCAAGUAGUGCGCCAAUCGGUGGCCCGUGAAAACUGUGCGACGUGUUCUUGGUUAGUUUUCAUGUAUAGCGAUCAAACCGCACGGCUAAAGAUCUGCCUGGCUAGAAACAGGAAAGAAAAGCGAGCAGAUCGGUAAAAAUUGCAAAACGAUCAAAAAACUGGCUCCGUUCAACAUAGCAGGCGCGGCGAAUGGCUUGCCAGUACGUAGCGCGAUCAGCAUGGCAGUGCCUGACUCAAAUAAAUAGUCGCGGGCUGUGUUCUUAACCUAUGGCAACGCUGCGGCUGCAGCAGUGCCGAGCGCGUGACUUUGGUCAAAGAACGUCGCUCGAGGUAUGGCGUUGCGCCUAGUGAUGAGAAAUCAGCUCACGAAUUGUUUUGCUCUGUUUGAUUGUUUUAUAUGAACCAUUGACCACAGGGAAACUAGCUUCGCGCGUCUAGUGUGAUUAGUUGCUUAGCCUCGUAGCGCGUAUCUGUAGCAAAUUUGUGAGAUUGUAGCGGUUUGGUAUUUUUCUAGUUUCGAUAGAAAGUAUUAUAGUGCUGCUGCUUUUUAGGUCUUACACGGAAAACAUUCGCAAAAAAAAAAAUGCCAUCCGGAAUCCAAUGCGUGGACUGCCAGUCUUGGCUGACAAUCUCUCGGGAAGUGAAGGAGGCAGUUCUGGACGACCCGUCGAAGUAUUACUGUUACGCAUGUGAUUUUUCUUUUUGUUUUUGUACUAUUCUGCGGCAGUUGCGUUACAAUGAAAAGAAAAAAAGGCGAAAGAAUGAAAAUGAAUGCGAUGAAAUGGCUACUGCAGGUGGAAUCUUUUCGAUAAAAAGCCCACGAACAGCGACUGGCUGCAGUGCACUUGCUGCCACACGUAUCAGAGCAAAAGGUCUACGGUUACGCACAGGCCCGAGAAAAUUGCGGAAAUUUUUUGCAUGAAAAGCGCAGCGUUGCGCAUGUGAUGCUGAGCGCGGCAGUUGUUGCUUAUGUUAUCGGGUGGCAGUGCAAUAAAAAAAGCGCGCUGUAGUGUUGAUCGAGAUAAAGAGACCGCGGAGCUCGCCGUACGGCGUGCCUGUAGAUCGUUUGCGUUCUGAUAGCGCGUGGCUUCAAUUUACCGUGACCGGAUACAUGUAUCAAAUGCAAAAGGGUCGACGUCAAGAAAGUUGGCAACUGUGUUGGCAUACAUGCGAAAUAAAGGAGCAAGAUCGUUAUAGUGUGGCGCGACUCGCGCUAUUUUUAUGAAAGUGCGCAUGUUUGGCAUUACGAGCGAAGCAGCACGCGCACGACUAUGUUGCCAGUUUUCUAGUAGUUGACACGUUUGCACGCGAUAAUUGGGACGAGUUUACUAAAAAGUUCGUGGAUUUGACAAAGAAGCCGCGGGGAAAUCGUUGGGCGCGCAAAAGUGAAAACGUCGAAACUAAUAGCGGCAGCGUUGGCCAGAUUGGGGAAAAAUGUGCAGAAGCGGCACCCACGACGUUGCCGAAAUCUGGAAAACGGCGCAAACAAACCAAAGAAAAAGAAGUAAACGCAACAGAUUCGGCGAACAAAAAAACAGAAGACACGAAGCAGCCAAAAUCCGAAAAGAAUCUGACUGGUGUAAAAUUCGGGCUAUAAACCAGCACAGAGCUGCUUUUGUCUUCAUUUUUGUUACAUUGAAACGAUGCGACGCGAGGGCAAGUGACUAAAAAGCAACAGAAAGAGCGCGGAUAAAGGUAAGGCACAAACUCGAACGCAUUAAGUGCAAUGCGCGAACUCUGUAUGCCCGCAAUUGUGUUCGACGGAGUUUCUCGCUCUAAAUUUGCUGCGGAGGCGCGCACGCGUUCGGUGUCGCGAGUGGUGAUAAAUUUCAGCGAAUGGCACAGGAGGAAAUAGCAACGCCCACAAAAUUGGCAAUGAUCGGCGUAAAAUGGUUGCCGUGUGUAAUGUCGAAGGAUCAAAAAAAAAAUGGCGGCAAUGCUAACCAAAGCACCGAGAUCGCUAAAAUUCGAGCAAAUUGAAACGAGAUCCCGAGCAACAGAAUAAAAAGCGGCGGAAGCGUAUAAAAAUCGAAGACAAUAUGCCGACACGUUGGCAUAGCAAUUUUUUUACUACUGCAAUGCUUGUAGUUUAGGCGCCGGGUAAUAAUUAUUCGCGUGAUUUGACUACUUCAGGGGAUUGAUGUUAUUAGUCUUUGCGAUUAUUCCGUUAGACUAAUGCUUUGCUUUCGCAUACUUUGUAACCAUUUUGCUCAUUCUUGUUGUCCAUUGGUAAGCAUUACUCUUUUCUUUUUUCUUGGUUACAUAGCAUACCGCUUCAGUUUUUCCUGUUUUUUAGCAUUCAAAAAAUUGACAACGGUUUCGGUGUUUGGUAUUUUUCAACUUUCAACGUCUUCGGACUUCCAAAACACGCAAGCAAUGGCGCCGGUUCAACCCUUGACCUCGAAACAGAAAAAAAAAGCGCGCAAGCGCGCGGAAAAAACUUCGAAUGACGACGACGACCAACCGCAUGCCAUUGGCGUUGAUGUUGUGACUGACGAAAAACCGAAGAAAAAGCACAAAAAACAGCCGACAGCAGUCGUAGAAGAAAGCACGGAAGUGCUGCAGAACAAACACAAGGAAAAGGCGAAGCAGAAAUGGUAUGACGAACAUGCAAAAAAACACAAAAAGCAGACCGAACAGAAAAAGUGCGGCGCUACUGUGUCCGAGGCGGCGGCUGUGCCGAAAAAAGAGGACGGAGAUGAGUGCUCGACUGUGGAAGAUGAUGUGUAUGACGAUGGUGAUGGUUUGCGCAACGCGUGGACGAUUCCGGGGCAGAAUCCCGCGGGGCACAUGGAUCAACAGCAAACGAACUUGGUAGAACGGCGCGAAGAUUUGCGGCUGCGGAUUCUUUGCACAAUGCUUACCCGCGACGUCCUCAUACCCCGAAAAGCACACGGCAACGCUUCAUACGUCGCACCUUACGCGCUUGCUCGCUGCUCCGCUUUUGCGCGAUUGUGUUCCGGAAUGCUGCGGCAGUGUACUGCUCUAGAUUCUUGCUCAGCCGACGACCUUGACAAUUUGACAAACCGCGAGACGUUGCUAAUUCUCCAGUCCGCUUGUCGUGGUCGCAGCAUUGUUUUGAGGUUUUUGAUCUGAUUUGUGCACCGUUUUGCGCGUGCCGCUACAGAGCCGCUGGCUUCGGUGCCUUUUUGUACCGUUUCGCAAACUGAUGGGGCAACUUGCGCGCAUUUUGAUCCAUUUUCACCAAUAUGCAGCAAAUUUGCGCGUUUUCGUGCUUUUUGCAUAGCUUUCGCGGUCAUUUUGCUGCUUUUGUUAUCGAAUUAAGCCAAAACAGUGCCACUUUCGCCGUUUGCGAUGCUACUGGCUGUAUUUGUUGCGUUUUUGAUUCGUUUGGAAUUGAACAAAGCCAAAACGGUGCCGCUUUUGCCCGUUUGCAAUGCUACUGGUUGUAUUUGUUGCGUUUUUGACUGUUUUGGAAUUGAACUAAGCCAAAACAGUGCCGCUUUUGUUUCUUUGCAAUGCUAGGGGCUACAUUUGUUGCGUUUUUGAAUGAUUUGCAGCGUUUUCGAUGUCAUUUUGCACGAUUUCGCAUGCUAUUGACUUAAUUUGCGCGCAUUUUGUCCCGUUUGCUUUACAAAAACGCAGGCCCGAACCGCAACAAUUUGCGAAAUUUCGGCGAAUAUUCGCGGAUUUUUUUUCGUCGCAAUUUCCUCGAUUUGGAACGUUUUUCGUGGCUUUUGCCAUCGUUUUGACGUUUUUGCAUCGAUUUUUGCACCAUUUUGCAAGUUUUGCAUCGAGAAAAAUUCAGCGAUUUUCGGUUCGUGUCUUGCAUGUUUCGUAACAUAAUUUAUAACUGUAAACACUUUUUUCUUGCGAUAUCUACGGAAGUUCCUGAGCAGGCACUUGAAUAACGUCGUAGACCGCCGUAUGCAUUGCAAAUAUGUCGAGAUCUGGAAGCGGCGGAGGUUCAGUUUGUCAUGCUAGAUCUGGGCCGUGCUCGUGACGCAUCAAUCUGUAUUGCGUGAGCAGCAAAAGCCAGCCUUUUUUGGGCACUCGAAGAUGGCAGUUCUCCUGGGGGAUGGGCCUUGCGGGACCUCCUCGAAACUUGUAAUGCUACAGCUCGUAUUCUAAUCCAGACCUUAAUUCUAGAUCUAGGCCAUGUGAAACGUGCAUGACAACCUUCCAGAAGUUCAGGGCGCCCAAUUUUUAUGUUGCGCAAGAUAAUGAUAAGCUUAGUUUGACAACCUACUGAAUUUUUCAUUCUAGUAGUGGACGUAUAAACAAUAGCAUAUGUUUAUAUAAUAUUCUCUCUCAACUUAAAAUCUACAGUGGUUGUCCUUUUUUGCAUUUACAAACUUAAGUCGUUCGCUUCCCGGUGCUGUGCCAUGGUCUUGCUUCCAGACAAAACACCAGACAACAUAUUUGCUUUUGAUACGCCUCAAACAGGGCCGAGCUGCCUGCGAGCGGGCCGAAGAAAGGAGGAAGGAGCAGGAAAGUAAGUUAUCGUUGCUGGAAAAGUCUGUUCGCAGAAAAGAGGCUGAGAUAAAAGUUGUAAACGGCAGUGCGAAGCUCGAACUGGAGCCCUAUUCCCCGCUGGCGUGGGAGAUGGAAGCGGCCCGUCAGAGCUACAAUGAUCAAGUGCCGCGUACGCCGCCGGCCGAACUAAUGGGUUCUUUUCGAAAACAAGCGAUAAAAGCUGGGCGUCGACGUCCGUCGCCUCUUGUGGUCCCGGAACUACAACAAGGUGGUAGUUCUCCAAAUGUUGACGACCCCAUAUGGUUCUCGCCUCUUGUGGUCCCGGAACUACAACAAGGUGGUUCUCCAAAUGUUGACAAGGACGCGUCUACUUCGGGAAGCCACCAGCACGCAGUUCUCCGACAUCAAGGGGGUGGCGUCAAUGACAAUGCAGCAGCCGAGAGAAAGAGAAAGCGCGAAGCCGUGCGAGCCGGGAACAACGAAGGUGCAGCUAGCACCUCGGAUUCGGCUUGCGCGCCAGAAUCGGUCGAGCGCCGUAGCCGUUCGCGGUCAGCAGGACGACCACGGCGGUCGGCAGGAGGACGACGAGCCGCUGGGGGCGAUACCGAUACGAGACGUCCGCAGGGCAGCGAGGAGCGGAUGACUGGCACGGAUGGACAUGGAACUCCUCGUGGUCCCGUCGCUGAUGUUUCCACGCGGAUUCCGACCACGGGCAGAAGCCGCAGUCGCUCCAGCCGCUCGUCGCGCCCCCGUAGUUUGGUCAGGGGUCGUAGUUGUGCUACCACUAGUACCUCACGCGGUGGCCCCUCCACCCGGGACCAUCAAGACCGCCGCCCUGCCAGAGAAGCUGCAGCCACGGACGAGCGGCCCGGAGUUCUUGUUGUAGAUCCACGACCAGGAGUGCGAGAAACCAGUGGCCAGGCACAUGCUUUAUUCCAGCCCGCGUCGGCGGACGCAACCAUCGCAGAGAAGCUGUCAAGGGGGUUGUGGCGUGUUUGGUUUCAUCUGAUGGAGGAACAGCAUCAAACCGAGUCCGAAUUAUCAUCCGAUGUUUCAGCAGCAAAUACUAGUGGCACCACUGCAGUUCAUCUUGAGCAGAGAGGACCAGCACGAGAACCAGCUGUAGCAGCCGUCACUGGGCUACAUCCAACAGAACUACAAACACCGGCCUCGCCUCGCACCGGUCGUGGUGCACCAGCGGUGCUAGACGAAAGCAAUCCCGCUGAGAGGACAAGGACGAGGACCACCGCGAGGUAUUCCCAUUUCCUUCUGUGGCGGGGGCUGGAUUUGAUUUCCAGGCUGCGGUUUGUUCGACACAAAGACGCCGAGGAGUUUAGAAGUUCGGACAGCUGCGCAGCCGGCGAGGAUCUUAGCGGCACGCCUGUUGCACGACCAGAGGAUCGUGGAGAAGGUACUUCUCACCACGCAUCAACCGACGUGGUCCUCGAGGAGGACGCAGCACCGGAAAGUAGAACCGAGGAUGGCAACAAGAGCCAAACAUUGUCGUGGGCUCAGCGCUCGAAGCCUUUGGUCGACCUGAUGCGCCCGUAUGUGAACUCAGUGUUGCAGCUCGGCUCCAUCGCGACCGGAGCAGGCCUGAGAAAUCAGCCUUUGGAGCUUAUUGAGGUGGGCUUUGGGUAGUGUGGCGGUGACCACGACUUCGUCCAGCACAGGAGAGGUGGAGGUGGACGUAUCCAUUAUAUGGCUUCUCCUGUACAGAAGUUGAAGGUAUGAAGAGAGGUCAUCUUUUGCUGGUGCUCUUGGGAAAUAAUGAAGACGGGAAAGAUAAAAUAAUUGUAUAUUCGGAACGCAUUGAUGGCACGAACAAAGCGGUUUUUAGAUAGUAGAAUCGUAUUCUUUCAAAAAAAGGACGAUGGCUGCCUGAGAUUGCCGACUACGGAGUGUGGUUGCUCUCUCAGAUGUUGAAAGAUGUUGACAUCUUUUUAUUUUGUUGCCGGAUGUUGAGCCACUGUAGCUCGGAACUACUGGCAUUAGUACACGUUUUUUGUUUUGAUUCUAUAGCACUUCUAAAGCUCGAGAAUCGUUUCCAAAGUUGUGACAAUUCUUGUAUCAGAAAAGGAUGGACGUCAAGAGAUGAGUAAAGGUCACAGUAUUAGCUACAACUUUCAGAUCGUUUGGUAAAAAUCAUAAAGUGCAUUGAUUGUAACAGUUGUAAGAAUCAGGAAAUGCACAUGUUACUAGCUCGCUCAUCGAAAGUAAUUGUAUUCAGUGAAAGAACGAAGAAGUACAACAUGCUGAGCGGGAUCAAAAAUCCCAGUCUCUAGUUUGGUGCUCUCGUCCCUGAGCACGACGCAUUCUUAGCCAUUAAAAUGCUCGACCCAGUACCAGUGACGAUUUUCAUGCAGGUGGAAACUGUUGCCACAUAGAAGAAGUAGUACUUUAUUUUAUUAAGCACACAUCACUGUCGGCGGACGGCCGUGUUGUCCAUGCUCGAAGAUCUGAUGUUUCUGCUACAUGAGCAGCGGUUGCUAUAAAAAAUGCAAAAAUGUAUGAUAUGAUGAGCAAAAAAGAACGUCAUGUGCAAGUGGAGAAGGCAGACGGACCCUUUCUUGAAACUUAUGAUCUGCAAAAGUAUCGUACUCGUAUAAAUGCAUUACAAAUUUCCUCAGCAUGAGAAAGAAAAUUUGUAAUGCAGAUUUGCCUUGGGAACGAGAUUUGUAAUGCAAGACCUGCAUUUAUACGAGUACGAUGCUUUUGCACAGGAUAAAACUGCGUACGAG